AGCCCGCCCCCGGCCCAGGGUGCGAAUCCGCUGCAGGAGAGCGGCUGGCGAUGCUGGAGGUUCUCAAGCCGAAGCGGCUGCAGCUGGCGCCGCGUCUGCCCCGCGUGCCCGGACCAGAUUCUGUCCGCCGCCCCCGGAGCCCUCAGCGCCCCGCCUGAGCCCACGACCGCUUCCUCCCUGUGACAGACCAGCGUUGCAGCUUAGAGCCUAGCAAUGCCGUUUGGGUGUGUGACUCUGGGUGACAAGAAGAACUAUAACCAGCCAUCGGAGGUGACUGACAGAUAUGAUUUGGGACAGGUCAUCAAGACUGAGGAGUUCUGUGAAAUCUUCCGAGCCAAGGACAAGACAACAGGCAAACUGCACACCUGCAAGAAAUUCCAGAAGAGGGAUGGUCGCAAGGUGCGGAAGGCAGCUAAGAAUGAGAUUGGCAUCCUCAAGAUGGUGAAGCAUCCCAACAUCCUGCAGCUGGUAGAUGUAUUUGUGACCCGCAAGGAGUACUUCAUCUUCUUGGAGCUGGCCACGGGGAGGGAGGUGUUUGACUGGAUCCUGGACCAGGGCUACUACUCGGAGAGAGACACGAGCAACGUGGUGCGGCAGGUCCUGGAGGCUGUGGCCUACUUGCACUCACUCAAGAUUGUGCACAGGAACCUCAAGCUGGAGAACCUAGUUUACUAUAAUCGGCUAAAGAACUCGAAGAUUGUCAUCAGUGACUUCCACCUGGCUAAGCUAGAGAAUGGCCUCAUCAAGGAGCCCUGUGGAACCCCGGAGUAUCUGGCCCCAGAAGUGGUAGGACGACAACGGUAUGGACGCCCUGUGGACUGUUGGGCCAUUGGUGUCAUCAUGUACAUCCUGCUUUCAGGCAACCCACCCUUCUAUGAGGAGGUAGAAGAAGAUGACUAUGAGAACCACGAUAAGAAUCUCUUCCGCAAGAUCCUGGCUGGUGACUAUGAAUUUGACUCUCCAUACUGGGACGAUAUUUCUCAGGCAGCCAAAGACCUGGUCACAAGGCUGAUGGAGGUGGAGCAAGACCAGCGGAUCACUGCAGAAGAGGCCAUCUCCCAUGAAUGGAUUUCUGGUAAUGCUGCUUCCGAUAAAAACAUCAAGGAUGGUGUCUGCGCCCAGAUUGAAAAGAACUUUGCCAGGGCCAAGUGGAAGAAGGCUGUUCGAGUGACCACCCUCAUGAAACGGCUCCGAGCGCCAGAGCAAUCUGGCACAGCUGCAACCCAGUCUGCCUCAGCCACAGACACUGCCACUUCUGGGGCUGCAGGUGGGGCCAUUGCCACAGCUGUGAGUGGAGCUGCCCCAGCCUCUGGGGGCAGUACUACUGCGGCCACAGAGGGUGAUGCUGCAUGUGCUGCCAAGGGUGAUAAUAUAGCUUCCGCAGACCGUAGUGCUACCCCAGCCACAGAUGGCAGUGUCACUCCAGCCACAGAUGGUAGCAUCACUCCAGCCACUGAUGGAAGCAUCACCCCAGCCACUGAUGGGAGUGUCACUCCAGCCACCGACAGGAGUGCUACUCCAGCCACUGAUGGGAGAGCCACACCAGCCACAGAAGAGAGCACGGUGCCCACUACCCAAAGCAGUGCCGUACUGGCUGCAAAGGCAGCUACCACCCCUGAGCCGGCUAUGGCCCAGCCGGACAGCACAGCCCUAGAGGGUGCCACAGGCCAGGCUCCACCCUGUAGUAAAGGAGAAGAGGCUACUGGUUGUGCCCAGGAGUCUCGGAAGGAGGAAAUGAGCUGAGUGGGCAGCCUGUUGGGGAUUUUGAGGGAUGGGCAAGAGGGUGGGAGAGUGGAUGAGGGGCUUCUCACUGUAUAUAGAGUCACUGGCAUGAUGCCCUCUCUCCCCCAAGCUCCCUCAUCCCAGUAGGGCAUGUCUGGGGGCCAUGGGAGAGCAGUUUCAUCUCCUGUGAGGAUGUGUGUAAGUGGUGGGCAGGCCAGAGGCAGGGCCAGCCCCAGCCCCUGCAUGGAUUCCUUGUGGCUUUUCUGUCUUUUGCUAGCUUCACCAGUUUCUAUUUCUUGUGGGAUGCUGCUCUAGGGAUACUCAGGGGGUCCUUGCUCUCCUUUUCCUUCCCUUCCUGCCUCAUCUUUCCCCGUAGGCAGGCCCUGCAAGUCCUAUACUUUCCUAGGCCCUAAAUUGGGUGGCCUUGCCCUGAGAGCUGGUCCUCCAGCGAGGCCCUGUCAGCAGUGUUAGGCUCCUGCACACAAAGGUGUAUACCUGUGAUGUGUAGACUGCUCUGGGAGGAGACACUGGCUGCUAGAGAGGAUGCAGAAAUAUAGGCUUUAAGUAUGCUUUAAAUGAAGACUGGUCACAUGGCUGAGGGCACUACAUGUUAGCUGUGAGAGUCCUCAGAAGUGGGAGAGAAAAUGGAUAGGAGGAUAGAAGCUUCCAUCUUUGUUCCAGAGUAGGCCUUCUGAAGACCCUUGUGUUACUUCUUGCCCUCCUGAGUCCUGUAGUGGGCUGCUCAGUACCCUGAUUCUUACAAACCUCUAAGGGAAAGGAGAAAGUGUUAGGAUAUGGCAGUGAGACAUGGAGAACAGAGAACGGGGUCAGAACCGAGUCCCCCAGCCUAGCUGGGUCCUAACCCUGAGCCAAACAGGGAGGGAUGAUAUUUCUAUGGUCUUCCUGAAUGCCACUACCACAAGAAGAGGCCUUACCCAUGGUCACUCCAUGCAGGCCCAGGCUAAAAAUCCUCUUCCUCCUAGGGGGCCUCUGCAUUGCAGUACCUUAUAGUCUGCUUUGGGAGUUUGCUCUUUAUAGGGGCAAAUUUAUUGUUCUCAGUUCAAUAACAUGGAGAGGAUCUUCCUCUGUUUCUACUACUAUCAAAGGCAGAGGUGUCUCUCAGCCAUGUUAAGUUGCUUUGCUGGAUGAAGAAGUAGAAUAAGACUCCCCAGCUCCCUGAGGGAGGCUCUUAGCAAGUGCCCUUUGUCAGACCCCAUUACAGCCUGAACAGGCAGCCACGCUGGUCUUUGCCUUUGCUUGGCACUCCAUGGUGGUCCUGCCCUUCUCCCUGCAUGCCUGUGGGUCUGCUCUGGUAUGUGAAGGUUGGUGGGCUAACUGUGUGCCUGCUGAACCUGGCAAAUAAACGUCACCCUGCAAAGCCUCUGGCCA